AUGGCGGCGCCGUCGUCCCUCGCCUCCUCCCGCCUCGCCGCCGCCGCCCCGGCGCCGCAGCACCACCACCAGAACCACCAGCUCCGCCUCGGCUGCUCCCGCCGCCGCGCGCAGCGCCUCGUCGCCAUGGCCGGAUCCGGCAAGUUCUUCGUCGGAGGCAACUGGAAGUGCAAUGGAACAAAGGAAUCCAUUACCAAGCUUGUCUCUGAUUUGAAUGCUGCCACACUCGAAAGCGAUGUAGAUGUUGUCGUAGCACCGCCAUUCAUCUAUAUCGACCAGGUGAAGAGUUCACUAACUGACCGUAUUGAGGUGUCUGCUCAAAACACAUGGAUUGGAAAAGGAGGAGCUUUCACUGGAGAGAUCAGUGCGGAGCAGUUGGUGGACAUUGGCUGCCAAUGGGUUAUUCUUGGUCACUCUGAGCGUAGACAUGUUAUCGGUGAAGAUGAUCAGGUAUUUAUUGGGAAGAAGGCUGCAUAUGCCUUGAGUCAAAAUCUUAAGGUUAUGGCAUGCAUAGGAGAACUGUUGGAAGAGAGGGAAGCUGGGAAAACUUUUGAUGUCUGUUUUAAGCAGAUGAAGGCUUUUGCAGAUAAUAUAACAGACUGGAAAAAUGUUGUUAUUGCCUACGAGCCUGUGUGGGCUAUUGGAACCGGAAAGGUUGCUUCUCCAGAGCAAGCUCAAGAAGUUCAUGCCGCUGUCCGUGAUUGGUUAAAAACCAAUGUAUCAGCUGAUGUUGCUUCUACCGUUAGAAUUAUCUACGGAGGUUCCGUAAAUGCAGCAAACUGUGCUGAGCUAGCAAAGAAGGAAGAUAUCGAUGGCUUCCUUGUUGGCGGUGCCUCGUUGAAGGGUCCGGACUUUGCCACCAUCUGCAACUCAGUGACGUCGAAGAAAGUUACGGCCUGA